GCUACAUGUACAAUAUCAAUACACUCCAACUCAGCCUCUCUGUUUAUUUAAACAACCUACCACUCAAACUAGAGCCAUUGGCGUUACGUUCUGAGUUUAACCUCAUCACACAUAGAACACAAGCCAUCCCAACACCAACUUCCCAAUGGGUUUGAAGGAAGAGUUUGAGGAGUAUGCUGAGAAAGCUAAGACCCUGCCGGAGAAUACCACAAACGAAAACAAGCUUAUUCUCUAUGGACUUUACAAGCAAGCCACUGUUGGACCAGUGAACACCAGCCGGCCUGGAAUGUUCAAGCCGAGGGACAGAGCGAAGUGGGAUGCAUGGAAGGCUGUUGAAGCAAAAUCCAAGGAUGAAGCCAUGAGUGAUUACAUUACCAAAGUAAAGCAGUUGCUGGAGGAAGCUGGUGCUUCUGCUUGACAUUUCUGUGUGUUCUUGGCUCCUGAAUCUUGUGUUUUAGAAGUUGAAAAUAAUAAGUCAGGAAAACUAUUAGUUGUUUCGGAACUACAUCUAAAUUAUGUACUUCAGUUAAUUCCCAAGGAAAUAUGAUUAUGGUGGCCUUGUUAUUGAAUCCA